GCUUAGUGAUAACUUGAAGUACGGCCGGGAAAGACGACUAAAUGGCAGGCUUGACAAUUCCCGAGGUGAACGCUUUGGGCAAAGAGCAAUUUGAUGCAGUAUUCGCAAAUGUCAUAGAGCUAUGUACUGAUGCAGCAGUGCAGGCUCAGAAGAAGAAACCAUUUAAAGAUGUCAGAGAAUUGUGUGAAGCUUUCGUGCAGUAUUUGGAUAAUCUCACUGAGGCAGAGAAGCUGGUGAUCCUUCAGCUCCACCCGGACCUGGCGGGGCGGCUGGCGGCGCAGGGCGCGCUGACGCGGGAGUCCAGCGAGGAGCAGCGCAGUGCCGGCCUGCUGGACCUCUCCAGUGAGCAGAUGGAGACCAUCAACAUCAGAAACCAGAAUUACAGGGAGAAGUUCGGAUUUCCAUUCAUAAUCUGCGCUAGAUUGAAUAAAGUGCAGUCAAUAAUUGAAGGAUUACAGCGCCGGUUCAACAACUCCAAAGAGCAAGAGAUAAGCAUAGGUAUUGAUGAAGUGAAGAAGAUUUGCCGACUGAGGAUUCUCGACAUAGUCGAGAAUGAUGGAUCAGUUUGAUGCUAAGAUACAAUUUAUAAUCUUUGCGUUUUUUUAAUUUAGCGCUAUGAAGUGAUAUUUGUAUCAGAAGAAAAACAGAUCACAAAAAAGAAAAUAACAACAAUGUUAAGGAAUCUAUAAUAAUUAGAGAAUGACCUUGUAAUAAAUAAACAAAUAUCUAUUUUCAAAAGAAUGUUGACAUGCAGAAUAUUUUUGUGUUUUAAGAAUAAUUUCAAGAAAUAAAUAGAUAUAAUAAUUA